AGUGAGCAACUGAACGGCAGACGACGCGCAUCAUCUUACAUAUAAAUAUAAAUAUAUAUAUAAAUAUAUAAAGAACAUAACGGAUUAUUUAUUAUUUAUUUUUGCGUAAUGCUGAUCAAAUUAUUGUGUCUGUGGCUGUCCCUAGUGGGUCAUCUACUAAGCGCAGAUUUACCAUAUGAGACGCUUCGCGAGCGAAUUAUGAAAGCUGAACAAAUGGCCUCGUUGGGUGGCAGUUUGUGGCUCACGGCGGAUGAGGAGAAAGCCAACAGUGUUCUGAUGAAUGCGAAACGGGCGGAGAUCGCGGAGGGUGUCAAACAUCCGGAGAAAUAUCCGCCAGCAUUGCACUUCUUCCAGGGCAAACAAUUUGUGCGACAGAGCGAAGUGUUUCGCAUUAUACAAAAGAUGCCCAAGGGCGCCUUCCUGCAUGGCCACAACACCGCAAUGGUCAGCUCCAAGUGGAUUAUAACGAAUCUCACCACGACCAAUAAUCUAUACACCUGUCGUGAUAUUAAUGGAUUACUGAUAUUCACCUAUGAUACGGCCAGUUCCAAUUGCCACAGUGAGGAGCAGAAUGUCUGCACGGAGCGUAUCAACGCCGAGGAUCGUCAACAAUAUGAGAGACAGCUGGAGAAGCACAUCAAUAUGCAUAGCAAUCACCCAGAAUCUCUCUUGCCGAAUAGAAAAAAGAUUUGGAAUCGGUUUGAAAAUAUUUUCACAACUGUGGAUCGCUUGUACAAAUAUCAGCCCACCUACUGUGCCUAUCACAAGCGGCUGUUGGAGGAGCUGUGCGAGGAUAACAUCAUCUAUGCCGAGAUAAGAGCCUCGCUGUCGCCACUUUAUGAUGACAAUAAUCGCACGUAUAGCUCGCUGGAUGUGGCCAAUCAGCUGGAGCGCAUUGUGGAGGAGUUCAAGGCCAAGCAUCAGGACUUUGUGGGCCUCAAGGUCAUCUACGCAAAGCGCAAUCGGGCAUCGGAGGAGAAAAUGGCCGAGAAUAUUCGCACUUUUAAACAGCUGCACUCUGCCAAACCAAACUUUAUCAUAGGCUUUGAUAUGAUAGGCCAAGAGGAUACCGGAGACAUGUUGAGAAAGUAUGUGAAUGAACUCUCCGAUCUACCCAACACAGCCAACUAUUUCUUCCAUGCGGGCGAGACAAAUUGGUAUGGUCGCACGGAUUGGAAUAUGAUGGAUGCCAUAUUGUUGAACACCAAGCGGAUUGGACACGGGUUCGCUUUACCCAAGCAUCCACAAUUGUGGUCGACGAUCAAGAAACGGAAUAUUGCCAUCGAGGUGAAUCCGUUGUCCAAUCAGGUCUUGGGUUUCCUCUGGGAUUUGAGAAAUCAUCCAGCGAGUUUUCUGAUUGCCGAAAACUUUCCCAUUGUGAUCUCAGCGGAUGAUCCUGGAGUUUGGGGUGCAAAGGGUCUAAGCUAUGAUUUCUACUAUGCUUUUAUGGCCAUGGCCCCAGUGGAGGCGGAUUUGCGUUUCUUGAAGCAGCUGGCAUUGAACUCCAUCAAGUAUUCGGUGCUCACAUCGCUGGAGAGGCGCAAAAUCAAUCGAGUGUUCCAGCGAAAGUGGCAAGAGUUUAUUGCAAACAUCUUAAAUCCCAAGUUCAAAUAGAAAAUAAGAUUUAACUACAACUAGAGUUUAAGCUAAUACAAAGAGAGUAAACUAAAAGCU